AUGCAUUCGGACAUCCAUGUAGUUGUCCGCUUCCAUGAUCAAUCCGUCUUCACGGGCGAACACCUCCGAUGCACCAUCACCUUCAAGAAUGUCGCGAACUUGUCCGAGCCGGUCACUCCAGCCUUUCACCCACGACGAAGCAGUAGGCAUGAGAGCAUCAGUCAAAUUGCUGCUGUUGCACAAGCGACAAAGAAUAACGCGGCGGCCGUAAGACUGAGUCAAAAUGGACGAUCUGCCAGCAGUGAACACUCGACCGACCAGCCCUCGCGCCACAGGGCCACCGCUUCAUCACACAGCCCUGGGCUCCCAAGAGACAAUCAACCACACCCUCCCAGGCCAAAUCAUAAGGCGCAGAGAUCGGUGUCAAUCAUCUCAGUGACGUCUCCGAUAGCCGCCUCAGAUCUCGCUGACAACUCCGUCCACAGCGGGGCAAGGCAGCUGAGAUUGGGCCAUCAACGAGCCUCGACAGUACAAAUCCAUCAUGUUCCACAACCGCAGCGCAUGACUGGUCAUCAACGUCGAGACUCUCCAACAGGUCUCCAUCCUCCACCCAAAGGAGGUCGGCAUAGUCCAUUAUCCCCAGCCGCGAGUGGAAGCCGUGAAUCUACUCCCGACUUCAAAUUCCCAUUAGACCAGCCAGAUAAAUCUUCAUCAGCUGCUGGCCCCGAUGAACUACUCAACCCUGGCCCCAUUGAACCAGAGGGACAUGCUGCCCGAACAACCUCAGGUACAAGUCAAGUUGCCAGCGACCGAAGCAGUGGCGAUUUCUACUCCCUCAGCAACCAUUCCCAAGAAACCCUUAUGUCUGAACAGCCUUCAGUCAUGUCGGAAGUUAGACCAGUCUUGAACUAUGUCACUCCACUUCCUCGAAGACCAGCCGCAAAAUCACCCAAGCCUCAAGCCGUUAACUUGCUCAUGGGCUAUGCUCAACUCAGCGCCACCUUCACCCUCGACGCGUCCCUAAUCGAUGCAUCCCACUUCGAAGAAGUCAAAAGCAAAGGCUUCCUCGGCGGCCAGGCUGGUGGUGGUGUCGUCGGCGUCCAGAAAUCUCGACCAAACAGCCAUGGGUUCCUGGGCAACUUCAAUUUCAACAUCAACAACAUCGGCGGAUCACUUAACAGUUUGAUGACAGGAGGCGGCCAUAUGAGCAGCGUGAAGGAGAUGAAUGCCGUCACGAAUUCUCGAGCAAUCCCAUUGCUCUCCACUCCUCAGUCAUUAUUGUUCGUCGACCUGCACCUCGAACCAGGCGAAGAGCAAUCUUACUCUUACACCUACCCUUUGCCACGUGGCUUGCCAUCAAGUCAUCGUGGAAAAGCCAUCAAGAUCUCAUAUACCCUAACGGUCGGCGUGCAGGGAUUACCUGCCGCGGGAGGUCGAGACACCAAUAUGCACGCAGUCCGACAAGUCAACGUGCCCAUCCGCGUUUUCUCAGGCGUCAACUACGACGGCGAAAUCUUUGGUCACGACCUAAUGCAGCCGCACGUCAUCUUACAAGAUCUCGCGCGUACCAAAUCCAUAUCCUCACCUGAUAAUCUUCAGGAAGAAACCGGGACCUCCACAGUCCGAUCUGACGAAAAUUCCACGACGGAAUUCCUGCAAUUCGUCGACACUUUACUCGACCGCAAUCGACGCCGUCAAUCCAGCACGGGCACCAUGGAUCCACACUUGAUGAACACCGACAAAGACAUGGGUGAUAGUCGCAAGGCCGUCCAAGCAAUCAACCGCGCGAUCUUCUUCAGCAAUCAGCUACAAGACGAAUCAAGUCCGAACCGCUUCGAGAUCGCACGCAACGGUCUGCGCGUCGCCGUUAUCGUCGUCGACCGCCCUCUGCACCGCCUAGGCGAAACUGUCACUGCUGUCGUUGAUUUUUCCGAGGGCCAAAUCCCGUGUGCCUCGUUGCGUUCGACACUUGAGACGUGCGAAAAAGUCAGUCCCUCGCUCGCUGUGCGUUCAGCAGCGACUAUUAACAGAGUCACCCGCAAAGUAUACGCGGGAAAAUCAGACAUUGUUCUUUUCACCAAACGAGCGACGUUUGCGCCGAGUAUUCCUGCCACCGCGACGCCGACGUUUGUUACUUCGGGAGUUAGUCUCGAUUGGAGUCUUAGGUUUGAGUUUGGGACGAUUAAGCAGCAGCCUUCCAUCGAGGCUGAGGCCGACGAGAGCAAAAACGAAGAUGACGGUAAAAUGGACAGCAGAAGCAAAAUGGCUGCCCCGGAGUUAUUGGAAGAAGUAGUCAACGACGAACGUGGCGCGAUUAAUGUGGCGGUGGAGAAUCUAGACUGCGAAACGUUCGAAGUCAUCAUUCCUAUCACGGUAUAUGGGGAUUUGGUACUAGAUGGGAAGGAAGGAGAAGAAGUCGUUGGUAUUCCGAUAUGA